AUGGCUUUCUACUGGAUAUUCAUCACAUUCUCGUGGUUCGGGACCGCAAGUCUGCAGUAUAUAAAUAGCGCAGGAUCUGGCGCUGAAACCAUCAUGGACCCACUAGACUCAACUCUCCACUAUCCACCGCUACCCUAUAACAACUAUUUUAACAUGCCUUCACCAAGUAACAACUACGAGUCUUUUCAAAACGAUGAUCCAGUUGAACACGGUCAGCUUUAUGAACAAGAUUCUGUUGAUGCACAACGUAAGAGACGAACAAUUGACGAAAAUUCUUCGACGAAAGAAGACCUUGUCGACAAACGUUGGCUGCCGAACACAAUAGAUAAUGAUAAAACAAUAUAUUUACGCAACGAUGAUAAGGCGAGCCCAUUUAUAGUAGAGUCGUUCCCUUCAGGAUCUGAAGGAAAUUCAACAGAUAAAAGCGAGAUGAAUUCGAUGGAAAAACGUAGUUUUAGUCCUUGGGGCGGCAAAAGAGCCAGUACCAAUGUUGCGGAACAUAACUGGACUUGGAAAAGGUCGAUAGGUAUUCGAGAACCAAGCAUGCCAAAACGCGUUCGGUUCAGCCCGUGGGGUGGGAAGCGAAGCGGUCAGAUGAUUUACAAACCAGGAAGUAAAGGAUCAAAAAUAAUAUUCUCUGCAUCUAUUCCAGAACUUACUCGGAUAAUCUCUAAUUACUCGCCUUACAACAAUAGAUUAGAUGUAGCUGGAUUCCAAUUUGUACCAUCAUUGGACAAACGACAUCCUAUUAAAAUUUUAGCCCUGAGCACUAAAAUGGACGAAAGAACACUUCGAGAUGCUUUGCCAUUUAAUACCUUCAUGGACUACAUCCCUAAGACAUUCAAGCCAGGUCAUCCCUACUCGGAUGUUCAUUUGAAAAAAGACGGUAAGAGGAAGGUUAAGUUCAGUGCAUGGGGUGGAAAAAGAUCACCUCCAAUCAUUGGCCCAAUCUGGACACCAACAUCUCAAGACGUUAAGGAUUCCACGUUGGACACGAUAGUAUUAGUUCGAAACCAGGAUGACAGCAAAUCUCAGUAAUAAUUUCGACCUAGCUCCAUGACAAGUGACUCUUUCCGAUACUCGAAGAAACGUGAUCAAAGCAUUUAUGUGGUAAAAUUGGUUUUAUGUAAGUGCCAUAUGUGAGAAACACGCCGCUAAAAUGUUCCAGAAAGAGUUGUCUUCGACAAAGAAGCUGGGUUUGUCGUAGGCAUCUUGGCACUCAGUCAGUUAUUUGAAGUAUUAGUCAAUUGUCCUUUAUAAAUGUAAUAUUUAAAAUUGUAAUUGUUUAUCAGAGGUCGAAUACAUGCCUAUAUCUUAAUGUGUUAUUUAUUGUUCACUAUUUAAGGUAAUUAAAUUAUUAAAUAAUAUGGUGGUUAA